CGGAUGUUUUGUAUAGCCGACAACCAUGCCCACUUGAAAGGUUGUAGGCUAUUCCCCAAGAUGGCCGCUGAUGCCAGAUCAAUGUUUCAAUAUAGGAAAAAUUUGGACACACAAUUGCAGGUCAGUGUAACUUUAACAACCUCAGAGGCAAUGUCGCGUGUGUAUAUUUGUAGAGAUUGGUAUAGAACGUGUGUAGGAUUUGUAUGCGUCGGAUAUUCCGCUGAUAUUAGAAAUUGAUCCGGCGCACUUGCCUUUGUGUUCAAUCAUUGAUCGGCACUGGAGAAGCUCGCUCACACCCACCAGGAUGCUCUACCAUAGGCUACUAUUGCGUUGGAAGUGUAAUGGAAGGGCGAUAAUCGAGAUCCGCGUGUAGCUUAUUUGUAAUAUAGGCUACUGCAAACGUAUUACAACUUUCAACAGUGUUGCUGUGAGGACUACCUUUUCUUUGUCGCGACAAUGAUUUGAGAGCAUAUCGGACAAGGCAGAAGCUGCCCUCUUGGAGGUGUACAAACAGCUAGUUGAUGCCUCAGGUGUAUUUGCUUACACAGGGCCCACCCCCAUGUUGGAGAAGAGACAGAUGAAACUUCAAGAAUCCUUCCCCUCAGAUAGCACACCAGGCAAAGUUCUCGACAGGCAGCUGGAUGGACAGCUCAACGGGUCAGCUUGUCUAGAUCCUCCGCAGGGCACAGAGGAGAGGAUGGUGCCCACUCAGCAGCCCCCAGCCUCCCCCUCCUCACCCGCUGACCCGAGCGCCCGCGGGCACAGGGAUCAAUGCCAGACGGAGCGAAGCCCGGGUCAAACAGACAUGACGUUUUCUCUCAGGCUGGCCAAAGCGGAGGAGAGGAUCCGAUCACUCCAGUCAGCCUUGACGUCUUCUCAAAGUGAGGUUCUCAACCUGCAGCGGCAGUAUGACGAAGAGAGGACCUCUAGAGCGAAGGAAGCGGUCGACCUGAUGGUUGCUAAUAUUGAAAAGGCCAACCAGAAAGUGGAGGCAGCAGUGAUUGGAGCAGACAGUGUGAGUGAAGACGUGGACAGAGGCUGCAUCUCUGCCCAAAAUGGCUCCAGUCCAGUGGAGAGAGUUGAAAUGGAGAGGGCGGGGCUGGAGCUGGUCAUAGCUGACCGGGACAGGGAGAUCCUCCGCCUGAGGGAGGAGGUGCGGAGGCUCCAGCUGAUGUUACAGGAAGCCCAGGAGAGCACGGCCAAUCAGAUCGCACAACUUGAGGGCCAACUGGCUCGUAAGAUUGAGAGCAUACAGACGCUUCAGGUGAAACUAAAAUCCCAGCAGGACUACGAUCAGCUCAAAACAGAGCUCAGAAUCUUCCGAGCCAUGAAAGAAGCCUCGCUCAACGGCCGCAUUUCUCAGCUGUGCUCCCCCCUCUCCGAGAGACUGGCUCCAUUGAUGUCUGUGAGGCCCUUAGCAGAGAGUCCUGCCGUCUCUGUCACAAGAGAGAUGGAGGUAAAGAGGGAGGCGCAGACGCCAGUGGGGUUCCCAGUCGCCGUGGACACGCCUCCGUCCGGCAGCCCGCGACCUCCCGUCUCCUCCCAGGGCUGUUCGCCCCGCACGCUCCCUCUCAGCCCCCUCUCGCAGUCCCCUGACAGGUCCCUGCUGUCCCCCUUCAUCAAACCAGAGCCCAGCCCGCCCGGGCCCUUCCCCGAGGCCCUCUACGCCGCCAAGGCCGCCCUGUCCGAGGGCAGCCGGAGCCUGUCGCGUGCCAGCCACUGCUCCGAGGGCGGCGGGAGCGGGGAUGGAGGCCUUACGGGAGAGCCGUGGGAGGGCGGAGGAGGGAGCGCGAGGGAAGAAGGGGAAGGGGAUGGCGAGCUGAUGGGGACGUCGGAGAUCGCCCUGCAGGUGAAGGAGCAGCUGCUGAGGCACAACAUUGGGCAGCGGGUGUUCGGCCACUACGUGCUGGGGCUCUCUCAAGGGUCGGUCAGCGAGAUCCUGGCCCGGCCCAAGCCCUGGAGCAAGCUCACGGUCAAGGGCAAGGAGCCCUUCCUGAAGAUGAAGCACUUCCUGUCCAACGAACAGAACAUUCUAGCACUUCGCAACAUUCAGGUCCGACAGAGAGGAAAUAUUACUCCGCGCAUUCGCACUCCAGAGACGGGCUCAGAUGACGCCAUCAGGAACAUUUUGGAACGGGCUAAAAAGGAGAUCCAGGGAGGAGGUGAAGAGAUCUCCACCACUAGAAGCUCCGUGUGUAGCACCGGCCCCAGUGGGAGGGUCUCUGCUGGGCGAGGCAGCAGCAGUGGGAUGGGCGACAGCGACAACACCAUCAAGGCCAUCCUGGAGCAGGCGCGCCGCGAGAUGGUGGCCCAGCAGAAGCAUCAGGCCUUGCGGGAGAUGGCGGUGUGUCACUGGGGCACCAGCGGCAGCGGCAGCGCCUGCAGCCCCCCGGCCUCUACGGAGCCCCGGCCCCCGGCGGUGAAGCAAGAGGGGGCCAGCGUCAGCGUGUCCCACCCCCAGCUCCUCCAGCAGACACCCCUCAGCGUGAUCUCCCCCAAAGACUUUGUCCAGAACAUCAUACGCAAAGUCAAGAGUGAAAUCGGCGAUGCUGGUUCCUACCAGGGCAGUCACUGGUCGGCCACAUCCAGCACGUCACAUCCGUUGACCUCUGUGUCGCCAUCGCUGUGCUCCACCGCUUCGUCCUCUUCCCCCUUCUCCGCCUUUGCGGGUCAGAGUUCAUCGUGGAUGGACCCUUGGUCACGUCAGCCGUUCAAUAGAGAGCGGGGCCAAGAGGAUGCCCUGUCCAGCGAGGGUGAAGGUGGGCACAUGGUGAAGGUCAAGGUGGAGACCGAGGAGGAAGAACCGGACGAGGGAGUGGAGCAUCUUUCGCCGUGUUCUGCCUAUGUGACCCGCCCACCAAAGCCCAUCGUCCCUCCUCUGACCCUGGAUCAGUAUGACGCCUUCACGCACCAGCAGCUGGACACAGUCCUACUGACCCGGCAGGUCAAAGACAGGCUGGCGCAGAAGGGCAUCUGCCAACGCAUCUUUGGAGAAAAGGUCCUGGGCCUGUCUCAAGGUAGUGUAAGUGACAUCUUGUCCCGGCCUAAGUCCUGGAGCAAGCUGACCCAGAAGGGCAGAGAGCCGUUCAUCCGCAUGCAGCUCUGGAUGCAGGGUCAGCUGGGGCAAAACCUGAGCUCCAGUGCCCCAAACAACCCCUCCCUCGAGCAGGACCCAGCAAUGGUGAGCUCCUCCCCCAGCUCAGAUGAGGAGCGGGCUGGCCCGCUGAGUGAGCCGGGCAGCCUGAGCCUGGAGAGCAGCAAGGAGAACCAGCAGCCUCCACAACAGCAGGACGGGCAGGUGUACCUGGGUCCCUUUGAGCUGCCCCACCCUGCCCUGUCGGCGCUGGACGUCCAGCAGCUAGCCAUCUUGUCCCCCGAGCUGGACACGCUCAACAUCACCAGGAGGGUGAAGGAGGUCCUCAACAGCAAUAACCUCGGGCAGCGUCUGUUUGGGGAGAUGAUCCUGGGCCUGACCCAGGGCUCGGUAUCGGACCUGCUAGCUCGGCCUAAACCCUGGAACAAGCUGAGCCUCAAGGGCAGGGAGCCCUUCAUCCGCAUGCAGCUGUGGCUCAAAGACCCCCAGAAUGUUGAGAAGCUGCGAGAAAUGAAGAAGAUGGACAACAGAGCAUACCUCAAACGGGCCCAUCAUUUACUGAGCUCGGGCUUUGACAGAGACUCCCCUGCCAACACCUCAGACAUAGGUCCCUGUCUGGAGUCUUCUCACCCAGGCCAAGCCAAGAAGACCAGAGUGGUGCUUGCCACCCAGGAGAAGGAGGCACUGAAGAGGGCUUACCAGCUGGAGCCGUACCCCUCCCAAAGCACUAUAGAGAGACUCGCCGCCCAGCUCGGCCUCAGGAUCAGUACAGUAAUCAAUUGGUUCCAUAACUACAGGUCUCGUAUGAGAAGAGAUUCGGAAGAAGGAGAGAUGCUUAAAGCAGACGCCUUGAAACCGCUCUCCGGUGACCUCCAGGAGACGAGUCAGAUGCUUUGUAGCCAAAGUCCCUCUAAGGGUGACUGCUCUUUCAUGCCUGUAGGCUUGGUGACUGUCAAACAGGAACCCUGGGAAUCAAGGGAGGAAGAGGAGGAAGAGGAGGAACCAUCAGAGACCCACGCGCACCCAACCAAAUACAUCUCCACAGGCGUGCAGUUUGCUGGCAGACUGGAAAUGAAGGAAGAUUGUCCUCGGUCUCCACGGCCAUGUUCAGGAGUCAAGCAGGAGGUCAGUGGAGAUUGUGGAGAAACAUCAACUAGCCCGCCAAAACCAGACACACUUCGUGGAACUCCGCCAAUGCAUCAUGCAUCAGAGAACCAGACUUUUUCUCAAAGCUCUGAGGGGACUGAACUUAAAGCCAAUGCCGCUGCCUCAUCGCCAACACACAUUCUACCUCCGCUCUCCCCACUUCCCUCAUGCAUCACACCAACACCACUUACCUCUGAAGGUGCUGAGCAGACCAGCGUCCAGCAAAGCCCUGUGGCUGGCCACAGCACCCAGCAGCGCAGCGCCAAGAAGGCCAAUCUGGACAUCAUCAUCCAUCGGCUGGAGCGGGCAGCCAACAGGGAGGAAAUGCUGGAGUGGGAGUUUUAGGAUGAAUUGAUGGCCUCCCAAUAGUGACCAUACUGAUGAGAUGUAGACUUUUCUUUAAAAAAAAAAAAAAAAGAAAUGACCAGGAAAGAAGUUCUUGUUUGGAAAAUACUUUGUCACCGUGCUGAUUUUUGUGUGCGUUUCUUGUGCUCCUCUAAAAUUCUUUUUAAAAGGAUUUAAGAUUAUAGCAGAGAAAAGAGGCUUAGAAAGUCCAGUGGAAGAUUCUUGAAAUGUAUGAAUGCAUGGCUGGUGUAAUAAUCACUGUACUGAAAAAUAUUAUAUGCAUAUAGGGCAGCCAUUUUAUAUGGGAGAAAAAUAUUAAUGGUCAAAUGUAAUGACUUCUGGUUCACUGUUUGCCACUUGUUGAGAUUAUAGGGGACGUUUGUCGUAAGCCAUGAGCACUAUGUCUAAAAAGACUGAAUAAAAUGUAUUUAUAACUAGCCACUUUUAAUUUCUUUUAGCUUUUUUUUUUAUUCCAUAAUAUCUAGAUUAAAGUAGUCGUGUAAGACUCUAAAGGGAAUACAAAUGGAUUUUGAUUAAGUUCAUAUAUGUAUUGUUUUUUUGUGUAUGGUAACUGAAUAAUUCUGGUUAUUUAGUUUGGUAGGUUCCAUGAUGGAUUUGACUAGGCUACAAUAACGUGGAGGGCAACAUAAUAAAUCAUGAUUCUUCAUAUCAA